AGUCGGUAAUGUUGUGUUAGACGGUACCUAUAUUUUCUUGCCCAUUUGAAGUUUUAUUACGGUUAUUUUUUUAAAUUAAAUGUUAGUUGUUACAAAAGGAUUUCCAGAGUGGUGGGAAAAAGUAGCGUUAAAGUUUCAGCAGGCUGUUGAGUAAGAGCUAACGUCUUAGCUAGCUGCUAGUUUUGUCUCGUCUUCUCUGAACCUCCUGACAGAAAGUUGGAAAGCAGGUUGUAGCGCGCGCGCAGUUUAAAACCUACUGAGGUACUGUGGUAAAUUCGGUCAGCUCAUCACCCCCACCAUCAGGAUGUUCAACCCGCACCAUCACCAUCACCAGCACCAGCAGCAGCAACAGCAGCAGCAGCAGUUUCAUCAGCACCUCCGUCAGCUACAGCAGCUGUUCCAGCAGCAGACCCCGCCGCCUCCACCACCACCUCCUCCUCCACCGCCGCAGCCUCCACCGACGCAUCAUAUCCCCCAUCACCACGGGGGAGGCCGGCAGAUGACUGUCCAGGCUCCAGCGCCUCCUCCAUCCCGCAUGGUCAACCUCUGCUCCGCCACCCAGACCAUCAUCGCCCCUAAUCCCAUGCUGCAAGGCGCGUUACUGAUGCAGCAGAUGCAAGGGGGCAUGCGGAGCUUUGCCAUGGGUGGACAGCAAUUCCAGCAGUUUUUUACCGCAGGCUCAAGAUCCUCCAUUUUGGGUCCGGUUCCACUGGGGGUUGCUAUUAAGACUCCACAUAUGGGAUUUCCUCCACGACACUUCCACCCUCAUGCUCGCUAUUUCAACAAUGACUUUCAUUCACGACAGCCGGACAGGAAGAGAGAGAACGAACACAGACCCGCGAUCGGCCCCGACAGCCAGCCUGGGGCGAGCAGCAGCCGAGAUGAAACCACAGCAGUUGCAGACGUCAGCAGUCAGUCGUCCACGCAGCAGCCGGAUGAGCCAGCUGCGAAGAAACCGAGAACAGCAGGGCCGAAUGAUCCGCUCGAGACCGAAGCCUCUCAGAGUACCGAGUAUGAACGCACUUCUGAAGAUCCUGCUACUGCAGAAGAAGACGGGACAGUAGCCGGAUCCGAGGCAGCCGAGGCACUGGAGCAAAGCCGGGCAGCUGAGCAGGGGGAAGGCCCAGAGUCUUCACUCAAAGGUGCCGAUCAGCAGAGCGGUUCAAGCCAGUCGGAGCCUGCGGGAUUGGUGACUGUAGCUGACGAUAAAGACGACACCACCAGGAGCAGUGACGGGGCUAGAGGAGGAGGAGAAACUGCUAGCAAAUUCUGCUGCUAUAUCUGUAACAUCACCUGCCACAACCAACAGAAUUUCCAGAGCCAUAUGAAUGGACUGGCCCACCAACAGAGGAUGAUGGAAAUCCAGCACAUGAGUAAUGCCUGCCUCGUCACACUGCUGCCUCGCGUACAGGAGUCUCUGCAGGGGUCACGCAAAGACGGUGAGAAAAGACCAGGUCUGCAGAGGUGGUGUUCCAUCUGCAAAAUCCACUUCACUACUAAUGUCAUGGAUCAUUGUAAGACCAGGGAGCACAAGAUCUUUAGCCGUUCUUCGAGUCCCAGCUGUACUGUCUGUAAGCAGCAGUUCACCACGUCUAGAGAGUUCAUCGAACACAUGCAGUCUGCCGAGCACAAGCAGCGCACGGAGCAGGUGUUGAAAGAGACCGGGAAAGGGAACCUGGAUGAAUUCGGUUUGGAGGUGUACACCAUGGGCACUGAUGAAGGCAUGGACAGCGACGAGGACGAGAAGGCUGAUGAAGAAAACGGUCAGCAGGAAGGACUGCCUAUACAGAUGGAGGUCACGUUGGAAGAUAUGACGGAGGAGGAAGAGUUUGUCUCCGACACCGUAUACGGUUCCAACUUCGUAAUUCCCGUGGCCGGGUUUCUGUGCCGGCUGUGUAACGAGUUCUAUCACUACGAGGCAUCAGCACGACACUCUCACUGCAAGACACGCCAACACUUUGAGAAUCUAAAGAGAUAUAAAGCAUUAAAUAUUCAGGAAGCUUCAGCUUUACAGACCUCAGAGUCAGACUGCACCUCAGAGGAUCAUCAAACCAAGGACACGGAGUCUCCUAGCAGUUCCUCUUUAAGUGACCCUGCUGUCAGCAACAGUAGACUAGUGUCCACUGGAGCAGCUACUGAUCAGGGAAGCAUUAUCACCACUACCACAACCACCACCAGCAAAGGGAGUAACAGCAGCAGCAGCAUUAGCAGCGUGCCGCCUUCCCCUAACCAGCAGCCUGCUUCUGGAUCUCCCACUCGGUCCAGAGAAACGGAGGAAGACGCAGUCACGGAAGAGCCAGAUGAAGAGGACGACGUUCUCAGCGGCGUCCCUGAAGAGAAGACGAGCAGAGGGCGCGGUAGGACGCCCACCAAGAAAAGAGGGAGGGGAGGAAGACGACGCUGAGCGCUGGGGUCGAGAUGGAGGAACGAGCUGCUAUGGAGAGAUAGAAAGAGCGGGAAUAUUUCAUUCGAUAUCCGUUACCCAUCCUCUCUCGUUCACUAAGAGUGGGAAGCCAGGACAGUAGGACAGUAAUAUCUAUAGAGAGUAGGUCUUUUAUUCAGCCAUUUUGUAGGCCCUAGAUUUUACAUCUUAAAACCCUCACAGGUUAUAGUAUUUUAUUAUUUUUUUUCCUUUUAUUUUCUUCUUUCUUUUGAGAAUUAUUCAGAACGUGUGUAAAGAUCGACGUGUGAAAGGAUCUGGCACAUUUCCAUCUGUUGAGAUCUGUAAGAGAUGGUUAUUUUUUAUGUGCUCUUUUAGGAAGAGCAACUCGCGCACCCACGGCACAGUUCUAGAUACUUUUAUUCCCCCUCUACAUGCUCCGCUCAAUCUAUAGACUCGCUCCAUAGCGCCCUCUAUCUUUCAGGAUGGGUUCUACUACACUUGAUCCCUCACAAGCUUGUAGUGACUUAGAAUGUAGCAACGUUUUACUUUUACACCGGACAGCUUUGAAGCCAGCUCUGAAUUUUCACUGCUGCAGCAUUUUCUCGCCAUCUCUUCUCUUCUACAUUUCUGUUUCUGAUAAAAUAUUGCUCUUUUUUUUUCUUCUUCCCCCAGUAGAGUUCAGUUGUAUGUUUACUGGAACAUGCUGCGAAUUAUCUUUGUUGUGAGAGUUCCAUCUUGUGCCUGUUGUGCCUGGAACAGGCCCAGGGCCCAGGUGCCACGUUUCCCUGAGGACGCCCUGCCUGCCAGACAGCAGUGCGCUGAGAUUGUGAGUAGGGGAGGAGGACUUGCAGCUGUGAUCCGUUUCAUCUUCCUCAAACUCCCCAGACUGCUGGUGCUGUUUCCUCCCAAUUUCCACCGCUCUUUCAGGAAGGCUGAGUUUCAGCUCCCUCCAAGUUCUCCUCCUCUAAGUUCCUCACGGCUGCGUCCAGUACCGAGCCUUCCUCGUGAUGGACAGCGAGCUCUUUCAUAAGCUAGUGGUUCUUUUUGAUGUUCUGAAAACUGUGUUUGUCAAUCAGUUUUAAUGCCCUCUCUUUAGCAAGCUGCUUCUCUUGUUCAGUCAGCAGUGAGGCAUUGUUGUCAGUCUUACUAACGGAUGCUUUCAGAGAGCACUGGAUGUAUUCGGACUUGUCCGGAAAGUUCUUCAACGUUCAGUCGAGGUCGGACUGUAGUUUUUGGAUCCGCUGUUGAUGCUCAACACUCCCCACUUUCUUGUAUUGCUGCCAAGCUUGACGGCGAACCUGUAGCUCCGCAACCUGGGCCUGUACACUCGUCAGCUCCCUGCGCAGCUCUACCAGCUCUUCCUUCUGGAUACGUGUGAGCUUUAGAUCGCUAGAUCCACUUCUUUCUCCUCGAGCUGCUUCUCCUGCUCCUUGGCUUGCUUGCACAGUGCACCGAGGUGUCCCUGUUGCUCCUCUCGCAGCCAAUCUCGCUGUUCAACAACUAAGUAAACCUGAGUACAGUCCUUGGUUUAUUUAAUUCAGGGCGAAUCCUGAACAGAGACCUGUGAUGCUCUUGGAUAAAUCAUCCUUGGUUUGUUCUUCACGUCAUUGCUGUGUCUCCUGGGGAAAAGAAAGCAUUGGAAACAAGCAAUGUUAUGCUACUCGGUACGAGUUGUACGCAUGAAGCCCUCUUAAAUUGGAUCAGUCUGAAUGCAUUAGGACGCCCCGGGUUGCCUGUCUACAGCAGACGAUGACCUCGUUUGACCCGAGCUCGAAGAGAAGAAGCCGUACCUUCAGUUUAGCUCUAGCAGGAUCACAUAAAAGCCAGCGCUCUUUAAAGAGAAAGAAAGUGUUACUUCACGAGUUUUGUCUUUCUUUUUUUUUUAUUUUUUUAUCCUAGAAUCCGGGAUUCUUGAGCAUCAUCCUAGUGUUUUGGUGGAGUUGUUGUUGUUACUGUUAUUAUUAAUGUCGUUAGCUUUAGCUGGUUGUUCGACCACGCCGUUCGUCUUUCAUGCUCCUGUCUUUAGGUGACUGUAAUCUAAUUAAAUGUUGUUUGUUUUUUUUUUUGUUUUUUAAAGCGCUAAUUUUCAAAAGCCAGCAAUCCUUUCAUUCAUUCAUUUCAUUCACUCAGUUUCGUUUACAGCUAUUGUAUGCGGUCCAAACCCAGGAAGGAGAACACGGAUACACAAAUGAGAGGAUGAUGCAAACUAUCUGAAAUACCACCCUGUAGAUCGUUGUCGUGUUGGUCAAAUGAAAAAGACGAGAUCUCACGGUUGAGUGUAAAAGCAUCUCCGGACCUUUCCGUCAGUCUGCUGGUCCAAUGUCAUUAAAUCAUCUCUCCUACUUCUGUGCUUCUGCUUUAUUCUUUUUAAAAAAAUUGAACCUUUUUAAAAAUGUGACCGCUGACUCUCUUGGAAUUGCUGAACGGUUUCGUGCAGGGCUGAGAGCAGAUCUUUUAAUAAAUAACGGGGAUCCGUUCAUUCGGCAAUCCUUAAGAGCGUAACCAUUUAGAUUUUCCGACUGUAUAGAGAGAAACCGUGAAAAAGAGCUGCUUUAUACAUUUUUUUAAAAAAAAAAUAUCUUUUUACUCCCUCACAGUGGCAUUAGCUGUGUGAUUCUGAUGCUUUUUCUCCUCCACAAGUUUUUUUUUUUUUUUCCACCUACAAUAUUGUGUGGUUUUAUGUAUAUAUUUUUAUUUUAUUUUUUUUUUUUGCAUCUACGCAAACGCUGUCAAAAUACACUGGAAAAAAAAUCUUAAAACAGCAUGUUGUGUGUAUGAGUGUGUGUGUUUAAACCUGGCAAGUAAAAAAAAAAAAUUGUUAUUUGGCUGUUGCUCCACUGGUACACUUGGGGACUCUUCGUGUUAAAACAAUCAAAUAAAAUAAAACAAUGAAGCAGCUGGGCUUUAGGAUGUAAUUAACAAUCGGUACUUUUAAUAUUACAAUCUUUAACGGAUUUUUAUAUCCUCUCUCAUUUCCCCUGAUGAGACUUGGAUAAAUUCGGCUCGAGGUUUGAGAAUGCCGUCCCGUGCGCAGGCCUCGCUUAGAAAGUGCGUGGUUUCUUUGAAUAAUUGGAUUAACUAACAACAAUGGAAAAUGUAGGUGUUCGAGGAAAUUCAUGUUUGACCAGUUUGAGGAUGGAAAAAAAAAAAAAAAGUGCUAUGACGUGGUCUAUUUCCAGAACUGAUUCAGAGUCAAUUUUGAAGCCGGGUUCAGGUUCAGCGCUAGAUCCGCCCUCAUACGGUCCUGGAAUUACAUGCUUAACAAAUCUGAGUGAGAUAAUAUUGGAGAUUCUUCAGGAUUUGAAGGCAGUAAACACUUAAGCGUCUUUCAACGCAGUUCCUAUUCGAGGUGUUUAACGUUUGUUAAGCCGAUCGGUCAUUCCUGAUGUUUCCGAAAGGGCAGAUUUUAGUCCCGGUUAGCCACACACAGUAUUAGUCAGUCAGAAAUCGAGAGAAUUGUCCAGUCCACAUUACACAUAACAACUCAACUCUAUACAUCCAGUUCCAAACGACACUCAUGGUAGUCUUUCACUCACAUAGCUUGUUUUGAAGACAAACCACAAGGAAUCACAUUAAAGAACGCUAACAGGCUGUGGAAAUGCGUAGAGUGUUGCGUCCUACCUCCUACCCAGGACCACAGCAUUACAGGAAAAAAAAAAUCACCAUCAGAAUGGAACUGUACACUUCAUAAUCUAUUUUUAUUCUACAAAUGAAACAAUGAUUUCUAAAAAAAAUAAUAAAAAAAAAAAGGUGGGUUUUUUUCAGGAGCUGGAAGCAUCUUGUAUUUUUUUUCUCUCUCUCUCCUCCAGAUGUUUGUUUUCUGCAUUUUAAUGUCUAUUAAAAUAUUUGAUGAUU